ACUUUUUUUUUGUCGUGAGCAAAUGAAACCAUGGCCGCUGACCAAAGGUUUUUGUCUUGCCUAAUUCAGACUUGUUGCCGUUUGCACUGUGUGUCAGCCGGCUCGUAGUUCCACAGGGAAAUUUGUUUCAAUGCUACGGGAUCCCUGUGACACAGAGUGAAAAAUGGACAUAAAACGGGGCCUGAUUCUGUUCCUGGUGCUGCUUCUCUGUCACAAAGGCAACACACAGUCACAGACCUCUUGUCCAUACAGUUGCCAGUGUUUCACUUCAGCUUUAGUACUGUGUUCUGAUGAACGGAUGACAGCUUUACCCAAGAACACAUCCAAGGAGGUCAAGGACUUUAUUGUAAUAAGUUCAUCCUUAUCGUACCUCUUCGCCCGCAUUUUAGAGGAAAGCCCCCAACUCACCAAGCUUAUCUUUCUGAAUAAUGCCCUGCGAAGUGUUCACUCUCAGGUUUUUGAGCAUUUGACUGAGCUGCAGGAGCUGGAAAUCAGCGGGAACCCCUGGCUGGAGAAUUUAUAUUUGGGGACUUUUUCAAAGCAGGGAAACUUGACUAAACUGCUGCUUAACUUCAACCGGUUCAAGACAGUGCUUCCUGGCAUGUUCGACUCUCUUAAACAGCUCGAGACUCUGCAGAUGAAGGGCAACAUCAUAUCAGAUCUGCCUACGUUUCUUCUCCGGAACCUGCACAAUCUGCGUGUCCUGGAUUUAUCCCAAAAUAAGCUUGAAGACGUAAAAAGGGAAACUUUUUCUGGUCCGACAAGACUGGAGAUCCUGAAAAUUAACAACAACAUCAUCAGCAAUCUUACAUCUGACACGUUCCACAAUAUUUCUCAGCUGAUAGAGCUUCACUUGGAGGCGAAUAAGAUAUCAGAGCUCGCUGAUGAUAUCUUCUUUGUGUUAUCCAAUCUGAAGGUGCUUAACCUCCGCGGAAACCUUCUUACAACAUUCAGCGAUAAAGUGUUUGGAUUCGAGGCCUCAAAUUUGAAGGAGCUGAACCUAAAAGGCAACAGACUGACUGAGCUGUCCUCUCUAAGCAGUUUGACGUCUCUUAGCGACCUCAUCUUGUCCUCUAACCUGCUUUCAGACCUUCCUGAGCACAUUUUUAGAAAUGUUACAGCCCUGGAGAAUCUGGACCUGUCUGAAAACCAGCUCACCCUACUGCCCGAAAUGAUCUUUCGUGAUCUAUUUGGCAUCAAGUCGAUUCACCUACACAAGAACAACCUGAGCAAAGUGGAUGUCAAACUGUUUGAGGACCAGUUGCUCAUUCAGCAGCUCUACCUCUCUGACAACCAGCUGGAAACUCUCCCACUGGGCCUUUUAGACCUUUUUGUCAUGCAGCACACUGUGAGACUCCACGGGAACCCCUGGAAAUGUGACUGCCACAUGUGGUAUCUGCAUGACUGGGUGCUGAGAAACAGCCGAGACAUAGAGAUGCUGGACAGGAUGCUCUGCGCGAGCCCCGGCUUUUUGAGAAGACGGGCAGUCGUCUCCAUCGACAAGGAGCAGCUGGUGUGUCAGGUGCCUAAAGAUGACAUGCCUGAUCUCAGCAGCUGUAGAUUACAAGCUUCAGGUGACACUGUGACCAUCGAUUGUAAAGUGGAUAAAUGCACUCCACUGACAGUAGCGGUACGGUUUGAGGAAGAUGACGGCAGCGUUAUGGAGCAUAUUGUGAAAAAUGAGCCUCAAUGUAGCAGUGAGACGAUGAUCGAGUUCACCGGUCAGUAGUUUCAAUCAGACUUUGUUCUCUGCGCAAAUACGUCCUCAUGCAUUCGGUGUUUCUUGACACAAAGAGUCACAUUAUAUGUUCUGACUGUCACAGUCCAUUCUGUAAACAAACCUCUAACUCAGCAGCUGAUAACCAGUAAACAUGCAUGCUGCCGAAUGAUAAGAGGGGUGGAUGAACCCUUUUCUUGUAAAGUUCAAAGUUCAACCCUUUGCUUUUUAAGAUCACUGCUAACAGGAACUUUGAGUAAUCUUCUGCUAAAUCUCCACUAGAUGCUUCUGGUUUCCUUGUUUGUGUACAUUUUUGUAUGGCAUUGUUAAACUGAAUGAUCAUCAACAAGUGCAGAAUACUUACUUUACUACAGGAAUGUUUUGGAACAGCUACCAAUGUAAAAUGUCAAUAAAAUGGGGUAUUUGCUGA